UUACAGUCUAGACGGUUCUAGAGGUCAGAGGUCACUCCCGGGCACACGUACACACAACAGGAACCGCCUCUAACCGGAACUAACCUGUUUUCUGUUGGGACCGACCGGCGGGCUUUAAACGCAACAGGACUGGCGUGGUGGUUGGGGCAAAGAGCAAAUACCACAUCAAAACAUUACAGGCUGUAUUUAUAAAAGUCGUAUCAUUUUUGGCGACGCCUCAGGGGCGAGGCGUUCAAAUCGUUAGCAUGUGCUACUAGUUGUACGGUUAGGCCAGUUGGAAUAAUAUACGCACAAGUCGUUGCCAUGACGACAUCCUACAGUCUGAAAGUCGCGGACGCCCGUUUCGGCGGGUUUGUCCGUCUGCUGUUCCGUUGGCGGGCCAGCUUCUACAAACUUCUCUACAAGGAGCUUCUCGUCUACCUGGUGCUGUACUUCGUCCUGAGCGCCACCUACCGGAUCGUGCUGAACGGCAGGCAGAGGGAGUAUUUCGAGGACAUCAGCCUGUUCUGUAACAAGCACACGGACCUGAUCCCGGUGGCGUUUCUUCUCGGGUUUUACGUGUCGGUGGUGUUCACGCGGUGGUGGCAGCAGUACACCUGCAUUCCCUGGCCCGACCGCAUCGCGGCGCUCAUAGGCUGCAGUGUGCACGGGGAGGACCACAGAGGUCGCCUGAUCCGCCGGACCCUGGUGCGGUACGUCAACCUGGCCACGCUACUGAUCAUGCGCAGUAUCAGCACAGCUGUCUACAAGCGGUUUCCUACCAUGAACCACGUGGUGGAGGCAGGUUUCAUGAUGCCCAGCGAGCUGAAAGACUACGACCAGCUGGACUCGCCCCACAACAAGUUCUGGUUGCCGCUGAACUGGUUCUGUAACCUGGUGACGAAGUGCCGUAAGGAGGGGCGCGUGGAGGACCCGUACACCUUCAGGGCGCUCAUCGAGGAGUCGAACAACAUCCGGGGUUCCCUGGCGAUGCUGUACAGCUAUGACUGGAUUAGUGUGCCACUUGUCUACACACAGGUAGUGACGGUUGCCGUCUACACAUUCUUCGUAUCGUGCCUGAUGGGGCGGCAGUGGCUGGACCCGGGCAAGGGGUACACUGGGCACGAGGUGGACCUGUACUUCCCCAUCUUCACCGUCCUGCAGUUCCUCUUCUACAUGGGAUGGCUCAAGGUCGCCGAGCAGCUUAUCAACCCGUUCGGUCAGGAUGAUGAUGACUUCGAGACGAACUGGUGCAUCGACAGGAACCUACAGAUCUCGUACCUUGCCGUUGACGACCUGUACAUGACCAACCCAGCCCUAGAACGGGACAUCUACUGGAACCAGCCGGACCCAGAGCUGCCCUACACCGAGGCCUCCAUCAGUAACCGCAACAUGACCGAACCUUUCCUGGGAUCCACGUUCGAUAUGAGGCUAAACGUGCAGAACAUGGAGUUCACGAAUCUGCACACCGUAGCCGAGGAGCCUGAAGACAAACAGGAGAGCAGCGAGGGUCUGGAGAACGCGCCGGGUCCCACCAUAGUGGUCUCGGAGGGGGAAGAUUCCGGUAAGAAGCUCCAUGGCAGGAAUCUCAUAGUUUUAAUACCAAAAAACACAAGUCAAAUGUAGAACCGCUAGUGAUGAAAAGACUAAACUUACCUAGUUGACCUGCUCAACAACAAAGUGCUUGCCGCCAAUAAACAGCUUCGACGGGUAUGUAAAAGAAAUUAGUUUUGCUAGUGUUGGGGAAGGGGGGGGGGUAGUUUUAAUCAACUUAAGCCUAAUUUGUCUCUUCAUAUAUCUCUUCAUGUAUGUCUCUAUGUAUCAUGAUUGCUUUUAUUGUGAAUCAUACUGCUGCGUUUCGGCUGGUAAGUAUAAAGGCUUCUACC